AUGCUUACGGCGCCUUUCGUAGGUCCAGAGUUACUAAAGGUUGAGCUAAGUUAUUUCGACGGUCAACCAAGAGGUUAUUGGAGAUUUUCAAGGGAGUUUGAGACCUAUGUAGAAUCAAGGGUCAAGGAUGAUGGUCAACGCUUGCUUUAUUUGAUACAUUAUUGUAAGGGUAAAGCGAAAACAGGCAUUGAGGGUUGUAUUAUGUUGGAAGCCUAUUCUGGUUACAAGAAGGCCAAAGAAAUUCUAAAACGGUUGUUCGGACAGUCUCACGUAAUUGCUAGAGAAACACUAGAGGACUUAUUCAGUGCUGUGAAUUUUGAUUAUACUGACGGAGAGCAACUAACAAACUUGGCUAUUAAAAUGGAAAACUGCCAUGGUCUUGGAACAGAUGAAUUAUACUUCUGA